GUAUUUCAGAAUAUACUAUGCUCUCUUGUUGGUGUCGUUGCUAGGUCGGUAAAACCUGUCCAGUUAUGAGUAGUGAAGUAGAUUAGUAUUAUGUGGGAUUCCGAAACUGUUAUGCGUUUGCGUUUACCGUGCGCCACGAGCCUGCCGCGUGUUGGAUUGUGUCGACAUCAGUUGGAGCACUGUCCACGGUGCUGAAAGUCAAGAGUCUUACCAUAAGUGGCGAACAGAGGCAGUUGAGGCGUUCCCGGGUACAUGUAUAUGCAACUCAAAUCUUGAGAUGACGCGGAAAAGGCUGCACUUUGUAGCUGUAUGGGGAUUCUUCGCGUGGGAAAUAGCUGUGUUGCUAAGUCUGGUGGCGUCUAAAGAGCCAGAGAGUCCUCGGGGGAGAGCAGUGCAUCCUCCGUCACCCUCCGACUUCUUGGACAAACUCAUGGGGAGAACCUCUGGCUACGAUGCCAGGAUUAGACCCAACUUUAAAGGUCCUCCUGUGAACGUAUCAUGCAACAUAUUCAUCAACAGCUUUGGCUCCAUAGCUGAGACUACAAUGGACUACAGAGUGAACAUCUUCCUCCGUCAAAAGUGGAACGACCCCAGGUUAGCGUACACAGAGUACCCUGACGGUUCUCUGGACCUGGACCCCUCUAUGUUGGACUCUAUCUGGAAACCUGACUUGUUCUUUGCCAACGAGAAAGGGGCCCAUUUCCACGAAGUCACCACAGACAACAAGCUGUUAAGAAUAUUCAAGAACGGCAACGUCCUCUAUUCUAUACGAUUGACAUUAACCCUCUCCUGUCCGAUGGACCUGAAGAACUUCCCCAUGGACGUGCAGACAUGUAUCAUGCAGCUAGAGAGCUUUGGCUACACAAUGAACGACCUGAUCUUUGAGUGGCAGGAGAAUGGACCAGUCCAGGUAGCUGAUGGGUUGACCCUCCCACAGUUCAUAAUGAAGGAUGAGACGGAUCUGAGAUACUGCACCAAGCACUAUAACACAGGUUUCACUUUUAAAGAUGUGGAAUUACAUGCCUCCACGGCCCAGUGUAUCCGGUGCCUGCUUCACGCACCAGGCUUCCAGUGCAUCUCCCCAGUCCGGUGA